AUGGCUCUUGCCGGUCCAACACAGGCCACACCGUCCAAGUUAAAUCAAUGGACCUUCGUCGGAGAACACGACCUUGAACCCGGGUUAUUUGGCGGUGAGCCGGAGCUCAAUGUUUCAGAUAAGUUCAAAGAUCGUCUCUGCUUCCCAUGGAAGAAAACUCUUGUGGUCAGACUGCUCAGGCGUUCGAUUUCCUAUGCAUAUCUGUGCUCACAACUCCGGUGGAAAUGGCGCCCAACUGGAAGACUGUAUAUCCUGUAUCUGAACGACAGAACCUUCCUGGUCAUGUUUCACAACGACCAAGAUUUUCUUCACGCCCUCACCGGGGGACCAUGGACAAUCCUUGAUCACUAUCUUGUUGUCCACCAAUGGUCGCCGUCAUUCAGAACGGCAGAUAAACCCCACAAAUCGGUCGUAGCGUGGAUCCAGCUGUCGGAGCUUCCGAUUCAUUUUUAUCAUCGGGAGGUCCUGUUUGCCUUGGGGAACCUUAUUGGCAGAACAGUGAAGCUUGAUUAUCAUACGGACUACAUGGAACGUGGGAAGUUCGCUCGAAUAGCGGUGAAAUUAGACAUGACGAAGCCGCUGGCGACCCGCAUCCGGCUGGAUGGAUUCUGGCAACCGGUUCUCUAUGAGAAUUCACCAGAGAUAUGCUUUGCGUGUGGCAGGAUAGCCCAUACCGAGGAGUCUUGCUCUAAGAAAGUGUGUAAUACUGCGAAUGCUAUUUCGACGGCAGUGAUUCCCGUUCCUCCCAUUGAAGGGACGUCGCCGUCGUCGGAGUCUCCCGCCGGCUACGGGCCGUGGAUGCAAGUAACAAGGAAGAGUAAAAAACAAAAUAGGAAGGUAGCGCAGAAUCCGGUCAGCAACCAGGGCGGAGACUCCGGCCGCGGUGGAAUUUUAGGGAAAGUCAAUCAGAAAUCGAAUCAACAAGGAAAGGAUGAUCCGAUCAGAGCCAACUUAGGAAAGGAUGGGAAAGGAAAGGCGGCGUCCAAGGCAGAAGACAAGAAAGGCAGUAAUUCGAAUCCGAAAGUGAAAGUGGCGGGGAACGACAACGGAUCUUUGCCAGAGAAAAAUGGAACAACGAUUCAGGAAUGGCGGCCCGUUGGGGAGGAUCUCAAGUCAGGAAAACAGACUGGGCCAAGCCCAACAAACCCAUUGACAGACCAAACAGUGGUUGCGGGGUUAUCGAGCCCAGCCCCUGGUACCUCUGCUCUGUCGAUCCCCUCUCUGUCACAGCCAAAAACGAAAGAAAACACUGACCCCAAUCGACCGACAUCCUCGAUUCGCCACCGCUCCCAGAAACUAAAAUCCCAGCACACUCCGUCCAUUACGGAGUUCAUGGCUAACUUGAAGAGGCCUGCCGAUGGAGUUCAGCAAUUGGAUGGUGGCAAAGUUAAUGAUUUGACUAUGUUAGACAAUAGUGACCCGCCCAAUGCCUCUCCCCUGGCCAUUGAAGCUUCUGGGGGCCAGCCGGCCACCGAAACCUAG